AUGUAUCUUUCUGCCGCCACCGUGGAGUGCGUCGCCGGGAAAGGGAGCCCGAUCUGCCGAUCUACCCAGCCGUGGAGUGUGUCGCCGCCGUUCAUGCAUGCUCCUGCCACCACCGAUCUACUCAGCCGCCGUCGCUCCGUCGCCCACGAGCUGCUGAUGGUCCUGCUUCGCCUUCUGCAUCUGCUUCUUUGUGGAGGUGGAGGUGGAGGUGGGAAGGGGAGACGGGGAGGGGGAGGGGGAAGGGGAAAGGACGCAGGGUGGGGGUGGGGGGGGGGGAAGGGGAGACGGGGAGGGGGAAGGGACGUGGGGUGGGGGGAAGGGAAAAGGGGGGAGGGGGACGACGGCGGCGUUGGUGGUAGUAUUGGUGGUGCUGGUGGUGAUGUUGGUGGAGGUUGUGGCGGUGGUGUUGGUGGUGGUGGUAGUGAAGGAGAUAUUGCAAAUUGUUAA